AUGGCCACGCUCGGUCCCGCACACACCGCUCGCGGGAAGGCCUCUUCCAGGCCCAGCGCACUCUCAGGGGCCGCGUGGCAGGCGCCAGGCGUCGCCAACCUCCCCCGCGCGCCCGCCAAAACAACGAUCCCGGCGAGGGCUUUUGCCGCGCUCGCCCGCGCCUGCGCAGUCCGCGCCGGACGCCGCGAGUUUCGGUGGGUCGCCCCGCCCCGCCCCUCGGGGACCCUCAAGCCAAUCGGCUUCUGUUGUAGUGACGGCCUGGGGCGCACGGAAGUGCGCGCUAAACUGGGGGUUCCCAGAGGUGGCGGUUGUGCUAUGAAGGCAGACUCUGCCAAACUGGCCGACAAGAUGCUGCGCACCCCCAAGUGCUCGAGGUGCCGGAACCAUGGUUUCCUGGUGCCGGUCAAGGGCCAUGCGGGCAGGUGCCGUUGGAAGCAGUGCAUCUGUGAGAAGUGCUACCUGAUCACGGAGCGCCAGAAGAUCAUGGCUGCGCAGAAGAUGCUCAAGAGGCAGGCCGAGGAGGAGGAGGUGGCCCUGGGCGCGCAGGGGCUGGAGGUGGCCUUGGGCGCGCAGGGGCUGGAGGUGGCCCUGGGCGCGCAGGGGCUGGAGGUGGCCUCUGGGGCUGCGGCCGCUGGCCCAGGAGCAAGCCUCCGCCCGCUGCCUCCGCUGGCCGCUUCAGGAGUCGCCGAGAGGCCUCCGCGGGGCCCGAGCCCCGGCCCGAGCGCCUUCCAGCCAGUUCUGGGGGGUCGCGGCCACGUGGGGCCGAGCGAGCGAGCUGCUCUGGCGAUGCCCUACCCUGUGGGGCCCCAGCUCGGGGCGGAGGCCGCAGGCAGCGGAGGCUACGGCCGCCUGGAGCUGCGCAAGCCGCUGCGCCCCAUGCCCAGCCCGCCGUUCGCCGACUUCGGGCCCCCGCUGAGCAUCAACUCGGAUUGUGUGAUGGGGUCUGAGUACCUGGAGAGAGACCCUCCCAAGCUGUACCCGAUGCAUCCCUACCGCCCGUUCCCACUGGGCUACCAGGAUGCACCCCCAGCCCCGGGGUUCCCCCUGGAGCGGGGCUUCCGGCAUGUGUCCUACAGCCCCUACCAUGGAGGAGGCUUGGUGUCGGAACCAGUGGGAGACUUCCAGCCAAGCCACUACCUGCCGCCCCCAUUCCCACCCCCACCCCCACCGCCUCCACCUCCGCUGCAGCCCCAGUUUCUUCCACCAGGCUUCCUCUCUGCGCUCCAUAUACUCCCGCCACCACCGCCUCCGCCUCCACCACCUCCAUCAUCUUUCUCCUUGGCCAUCCUGUCUGAUACAGACAAGGAGAACACUGAUGACCAGGAUGCGGAGGUGCUGGGUGAGCCCAGCCAGCCAUCAUCUCAGGAGCACUCCAACUAG